AAAAUUACGCUCCGGCUAGCCCCCCCCAGCAUUAAUAAUUGUAUUGGAGUUGGGGAAGCGGUGGAAAUCAUGGAAAUCAUGGAAAUCAUAAUAUUAUAUAAUAAUACCUGCGCCGUACCGUACAGAGUACAGGCUGCCGUGCUAUACCAUAACUACCAAUACCCUCUCGCUCAAGCCGCUUGCAGCUCGUGGCCAGAGCACCAACCGACCACAUCCCUUGACGUCUGCCAACAAGUGAACCGCUCCCUCCACCUCCGUGCUGGGAAUACUCGUAGUUACCAGUUGGUCUGUUGAUCCUGGGUUGAGCAUGGGCGACCCUGUAUUUUGCAUGUCUGCCAGCACUGAGCAGUGUAGUGUUGUGUUGCAUAUUGAAAAAGCUGCUAUUUCGGGAUUGGGGCCAACCUUUGUGCAUCGAGCCUAGCAAACCGGCCAACCACAACGGAUGCUGCCUGUUCUGUCAACUUGAACUGGCAAAUCAACAUAUUCCAUAAGCGCCCGGUUUUGCGUGGCUGGGAAUGUGUGCAAUGGCGUCCUGCAACCCAGGCAAGGAUCCGCCUCCAACCAUUUGAUCACCCCCUUGCUAAGGGCCAAAUCAUCAAGUUAGCACACUGGGCACAGAAAGCCCAACCGCCACGCUAAGAGGCUGAGAUCGCCCAGCCAUUUCUCUGUUCAAGCAAUUUUCGAAACAGGUCAUACCCUUCCCAGGGCCUCCAGAAGAGGAAACCUCAGAGUGGACAAUCCUAGCCCUCUCUUUGGCUUCUUGGCCUCUCGGCAGCCCAAAACGGUCUGGGAUUUCUAAAUUCAAGAUCCAGAGACUGGGAACUGGCCACUCAAAGGCAGCCUUCCAGCUCAAUCUCCCCUAGCGUGGACUUUGGCUGCAGAGAAUAAAAAUAACUCACGCGGUGGUGACGGCUGGACGUGACUUUUUCCCAAGUGGAUUUGGUGAUUUCCGCUUGUCUGAAUGGCCUUCCCGUGAGAUUAUCCUCCCUGAACACCAAUGAACGAUCUGGCUACGCUUGUCGACACUGCUUCUCGUGCUUGAAAUUUUCUAGUUUUGUGACGGUUGCUUGGUAUCGUCUUAUUAAUAUUAACUAUUAUUAACUUUCUAUGCCUGGGCUGAUGCUUUGGGUGGCUGCUAACCUGGCCAGGGCCGCCUCCGGCUGUACUCGUGGAUAUGAAUAGCUGGUCAGACUCUAGGACGGGAGGGUCAGACCCGCAGCGGAAUCCUCCUCGACUAAUUGUCCCUCCUUCCGCUCCGCCCCUCUCUGGCGCGCAGGUCUUUCCCCGCCGUCGGGAGAAUGUUGCACAGCCACCUUCUCUUACUACAUCCUUGAGCGGUGUCCAGUUCCAGGGCGCUGGGUUUCCUGCCAGUCCAAGUUACGCACCGACUCCGAGCUCAAUGAACUCCUUUUCUAGUCCAUUUUCUCCAAUGAGGUCGUCGUUCACUCCCUCAUCGGGUGAAAUGAGUGCGAUUACCACCCCAAUGUCAUCAAGGCAUGUCUCUUACAACGCAGCCUAUAACCCCCAGGAAUGGGGUCCUAUCACAGCAAAUAGCUCCCCAGCUGCGGGGGUGAGCGCGUUUGCUCCCCAGAAUGAUGCCACGUCCAUACCUCCCCCUCCGUACUCCCCGAGACACCCAAAGCCGGAAGAGACACGCGCUGAUGUUUCCCCUAGACUAACCGUGGGCGCGGGUGUUUCUCCACUGGCAACUGCAGCUCAGUACAAUUCGCCAGCCCCCGCGAGAAUUCAGGAGCCAGCUUCCGGAUAUCGCUACCCUGGAUCUCGACCCAGGCCUGUAUCGAUGAUUCAUAGUUCUGAUGUCAUGCUUAGUGAUAACCUACAACCAAGUGUCCCGAAUGCGGGUGCCCACCCUUCACAUUAUAUAGGACAGAGUGGCCAGGGCAAUCCCCCGUUCAAUACGGGUGGUGGCAUUUCUAGCUUGGGAUCUUCAUCUUCGGGAUUGCCGCAUGACAAUGGCUCUGGGAAUGAAGCUAUACGCCCUCCAGCAUCGAUAAGAGCAGCUUCUACGGGAGAUAUAGGGCAAAAUCGAAAUGGUAAUGCGGCACAAGCAUGGCUUAAUCGACAGCGCGGUCGUUGGGAGCCAGGGAUGCCACUCCCGCCUCCACCCCCUGGACCACCACCUAAUGGUACUUGGAACCAAUCAAGAGAAUCGUCACGAGGUCAUUCCCAAGAUGGCUCAAACCGGUCAAGUCGACAUAGAUCACCACCGGUAUUGGGAACCGGCCUUGGAGAAGUACCACCUACACCAGCUGGAUGGGUUGAUGAGAACGUUGUUGCCGGCGGGCGGUCCGAAAGUUCUAGAGAGCGCGUUAGUUCGAUGUCUCAAAAUACAAAUGAUUAUGUGCCGGUGGAUGAAUUGGCUCGCUUGACUCAAUACAACCGCGGACCGCAAUCAGCCAUACAUCAUAGAAACGAAGCUCCGGGAACGAGGGCCGUUAGCUCAAAGGGCAUUAGAGAGCGUAGAAUUGAGGCCAGAAAAGAGCAUGCUUCUACCAUAGAAAAUGCUGGCCCUCGUAACACAAGUCACGACCUAUCGGACUCUACUUGGCCUCGUGACCUGGUCCUUGGGAACCCGGGGGGUCGUGGACUUAUGCGUCGUCGCACCGUAACGAAGAAUGCACCCCGGACCCCACGAACUGCCCAGUCAGAUGGCCAACUUACUGCAUCCACAGUGAAGUCUCCGUUCCCCCUCUUAACAUCAGCCAGUUCUGCUCAGUCAACUCCAAGGCAACAACCGACACCAUCACUUGAAACCCUCCUCACCCAACCCAGCAACUAUGCACAAACCCCUCCCUUUUCUCCUGGCGGUGACGUUCAAUCGCCAACUUUGCAUGCAUCAGUCACCACUCCAAAUAUGCCACCGAGGGCGCUGCCAACACCACCACUUCAAGCCAUACAGGAACGGAGUAGUUCUACGGUAACAAGCAGCUCUGCUGAGCAGGGACACACUCCGCUGGGUCAAAGUAGGCCUUCAUCCCGCCUAUCACGGUCUAGUAGGCUGAUGGAAUAUGCAAAUGACGAAUUCAUGCGUGAUGCUAUCCAGCGGCAUCGUGAUUUUAUAGAAAAAGAAGCUUCCGCAUCCACCGCGGUUGAAGCCUUGGAACUCUUUGCUAAUUUCAUCGUAUCUGAGUCUAAAAUACGACAAGAACGCCAUGCAAGUACUUGUGAAGCCGGUUUAUUUGAUGUACAAAGGGUUAGAGAUAGGCUUUUCCAACCAGAUUCUAGCCCUCGCAACGGCGUCCAUACAAAGGAUUCCCCAUCGGCUGGUAUCAGUACUCGGGUAGCCCCGCCAGUUCGCUUUUCACCUGUGCUUCCACAAACGCGUGUGGAAUCAGGAUGGUGGAGUAAUUACAAGCCAUCCCUAUCUCCGAUAGGCAGCAUUAGUGUAAGAGAGGAUGAAAUUAGUUCUAGAGGGAGAGCUCCAAGCCGCUGGUGGGAGUCACAAACUGGGUCUGAAAGUGGAGGCUCCGGGAAAAAGAUCCGACGGUCUAAACAGGAAUCAAAGUACAUGGGUGUGCCUCGGGAAGUGCGUGAAGCAAUGCAACAGGAACAUUUUUCUACUGGGCUAAUCGACGGCAAUCAAUCCCACGCUCACCCUCCUGCCUUUGGCUUUGCCGCUACGUAUGCGCCAAACGAAUAUCCUCCCGAGAAAGUGGGCUUAGAACGGCAUCCUUCUGUACCUCGAGCGCCAGCGAUCGCGUCUCAUAUUGAUCGCCAGUUACCGGCGUUGGAUAUCUCGAGAUUCAUUACCCUUCCACCGCCGUACCCUAGGCACUACCCUGCAGUUAAUAACAAACAUCCUGAUCUCCUGUAUUACCGGAGUACAGUGCGGUCUGUCAGUGACCUCACGGAAGUCCAGGAAACAAAACAGGCGCACCAGAUAAAACUACAAAAACUUCAGCAUGAACAUCAAAUAAAAAUGAAGGAAUCUCGACGCGCAUUUAGGUCAGACAUGAAUACCCGCAUAGAGCAAGGGACGCUAUCUUAUGCAGAAGCCGCAGAGGCUGAGGCAGUCCAUCUUGUCAAAGAGCAGAAAUGCGAAAAGGAGUUAGUUAAAGCCGAAUUCGACUCUUACGAAGAGGUAGUGUUCCAGCCUUUACAGCGCAUACUCACAGACCGGAUCGACAUCACGACCACCUGUAUUGACAGCCUCCGAAGCAAGCUGUUCGAUUCCACCCAAAAUGGGACCCCCAAUCAAACGCAGGAAGAAGGCGAUGAACGACCAGAGCUGCUGGAGAAGCUGACACAGCUCAAGUGGCUGUUUGAGGCACUUGAACAGCUACAUCGGGAGGUUUAUAACCUCGAGAGUGAACGCAACGAGCGAUAUCGAGCAAUCGUCACCUUGCCAUAUAAACAGACCAAAAACGAAGAGAAACUUCAGGAGACAGCCUCUUUUUUCUCGCAGGAUGCGCAAAACCGGAAACUGACGUUCGCCACGGAAACACUACGGCGCUUUGAAAGUUUCAUGGAAGUCAUUGAACAAAAUGUUGGCAGAGGUGUGGAAACCCAGCUUUCAGCCUUCUGGGACAUUGCACCGUCCCUGGUGACGGUCCUCCAAAAAAUCCCCGAGGACCUUCGAUCGUUUUCUAUCCAGAUACCUUCGAAAGAGUACGCAGAGAACCCCAGCUAUUACCAGUUCCCUCUACAAUAUCUCUACUCCCUUCUCUCUCACGCUGAAAAAUCGACAUAUCAAAUCAUCGAGUCGCAAACCAACCUACUUUGCCUAUUACAUGAAGUAAAAACUAGCCUCAUGACGGCGAAUUGCAACGUUAUGGAAGUCCAACGUAUAAUAUCGGGCGAGCCGUUGGAGAGUGUACAGCGGGAAAUGACGGAAUCGAGCGAGGAAGAAGAGAAGAGGUUGACGGCUGAUCUGAAGGAUAAGGUGACAAUGGUCGAGGAGCAAUGGGCUGAGGCUCUUGGAAAGGAGAUGAGUCAUGUGAAGACGCGUGUGCAGCAGGAUCUUGUGAACCAGGGCGGAUGGGAUGAUACAAUGUUUGAACAAUCUUAAAAAGGAUCGAUUUGCUAUCUAUCUAUACUUUGUUUUGAGACCCUUGUUUGAUUUGCGAUUGUUUUGCUCUUUUGAAGGUUCAGGGUGAACAUGUUUUCCUCUGUAGUACGAUUGGCUUUUCUAAUCCGUUUUGAUCGCAAAGAUACCCAACCCUCGUUUUAUGUUCGAUGCUUUCAUGAAUUAUGUUUUCUUCAAUGUAUAUAUAUAUACCUUGCGCCCUAUAUAUACUUCACCCCUACUUUUCCCCACCCUCAUUCGGAUAGAUGCCAAGAAAUACAUCACGUGCCAAGUAUUAUAUAAUCUAGCUUCCCC